AUGGAACGUUAUGAUAAUCAAGCGCGCGCGCUUGACAUCUGUCAAACAGAUAAAAUUUCAAAUCUUCUGCCACUUCUGUUUUACGCUGUUAAAACGAUACCUGUAAUUGUACAGUACGACCGGCGAAAGGUGGCGAGAGAGAAGUUAGGCUCUAGCAACAACUCGCCACCUUUCGCCGGUCGUACUAAAACAAAGAAAGCUAUGAGCAAGGAUAUGGUUUCCCUACUCGUGGAUCUAAUCCAAAGCCACCCCAUAAUCAUUACUAAAGAGACUAAUGCUGCCACCAAUAAACUUAAGCAGGAAUCUUUAACGAACAAAUUUAAUUCGAAAAGUGGUCAAAUACCACGUCAGAUCGGUCAGCUUAAAUUGAAAUGGGGCAAUUUAAAAAAAGCAACUCGUAUGAGAGCUGCCGCUGUAAGGAUGAACAAUUUAAAGACAGGCAAACCGGGUUAUAUCCCACCUGAUGAAAUUAUAGAGAAAGUAACAAGCGUUUUGGGAUCCACAUGUAGUGGGUUUGAAGUUCCAUUUGGUGGUGAUGGAGUGGGUGUCACGGAAAAUGUCACCUUUGAAUUGGACAAUGCUGAUGGUUGGACGCAAGUUCAAGAGCAACUUGACACAAAUGAUGCAUCAGUUAACAUCCAGGAUGAAUCACUUUUGCCAAUAAGUACAACCAAAAAGUUUAAAACAAACCAGGAAGAUGGAAAGCUCCAACGUAAUUUGGCAGUUGCGAGAUAUUAUGAUAAAAAACAACAGAAAAAUUAG